CUUUUCUCAUGUUGAGAAUUCGUCCUAGUAUCUAUCGUGGACAUUGGUUUCUAUUUCUCUUUCGUUUGAAACCGGUCUUCCCCGAGCCAAACGUGACAAGAUUUGAAUUGGCAUCAGAAAUGGAGCGUAUCUGCUGGUUUACUCAGGAUAAUCAGAUCAAUCAUCGCAGUACAGUAUGUUCCGGUGAUGUAGUGGCAACGGUGUAGUUGCUUUACCCCACUGAGGUUUGGAAUGUAUGAGCUUUACCGUGAUUAAGAAUUGCAUGUUAGUUCUGCUGCUCGGGUGGUGAACCAAAACGAUUCUCACCAGGAUAGCACCUUCUUUAGCGUAUUUUCCAUUCUUGGAGGCUGCAAACCAAUCGAGCAGCUUUGUUUCGAGCAGGUGGUUUGCGAGAAUUUAGUGCUUCAGGGGGCUUCGGCGAACGUCAAGUAUCCAAGAACGGCUCGAUUGAUUUUUCAGCGUACUGACAGGUGUAGAAGCCGCGGAAAUCUCAAUCGCAAGUGAGCGGAAGCUUGUGCGAAAAGAAACAGGCGUUUUCAGGGUUACAGGCGUGGUCUACUAUUUGACAGGGUUCGCGAAAGCCUGCGACAGCGAUCACAAGCUGUGAAUCUCUGUGCUCCGUCAGAACAAGAGGUAAAGGAGAAAGGGACGAGACGUGGAAGCCUUCGGACUAAUUUCGUGCCCAGCGUGGUGUAAUUGUGUAAAGCAUACACACGACGUCUCCCAGUACUGGAGUGAAAGGAAAUCAUGCUGGGAUUUUCCCUCCCACCCGCGAAUGCGGGGGGAACAGUGACGACAAUCCACCAUCAUCAUCAUAUCUACGGGACAUCAUCUUCAUCCACAGCGCCGAGCAAUAGCAGAGCCGCGCUUUCUUCCGGAGACGCGGGCAAUGCGGGGGGUCAAGGAGGCCUUCCGAUGCAAUCUAUCACGUCGCAGCACGACUCUCCUGGAGACGGCAGCAAUCAUCCAGCCUCUGCGCCAUCGACACGUAGCGGAAAGCAGUCACUCGGAGCUAUGAUGCUAGCGCAGAGCGCACAGGGAAUUGCACAGCCGUCGAUGCAGGUAAAGGAAACUUGAACAAUCGGAGAUGAAACUCAGAGAGAUUUUGACUUUUGUAUUCUUAUACCGUGUUCUUGAUUAACGAAAACGAAUACACCGUCUUGUGAGUUUUCUUCUUCUUCCCUUCCACGUUGUUGAAGUCAGUCCUCCGUCGUAAUCUUGAUUGGUAGUAGUUUACAACUUGUUAUAAGUUAAUCCCGACUGGUUUUCUUCGCCUUGUUUUUUGCCCGUGAUAAUUGACAUUGACGAAUAAUUUGUAUUUGGAUUUCUUGUUUCUUUGUGAGUCUCCUCUCCUCGUCUUCAGGCUUUUCUAGACCUGAAGCAGGGACAGAACGAAGACGCUGGGUUAGACCAUGCUGAGCUCGAGCGUGACCAAUUGUUGGGGGAAAAUUUGUGCCUGAAAGCGCGACUUCGAAAUAUUCUCCAGUACAUGGAACGGAGUGCAACGACGCCGUCCAUGACGCACGCGCGAAAGCUUUUGCCGGUGCUCCAGGAGAUGGAUCUUCCACCGGUUAGCUACCACGAGCUGCUGACCGAACAACUGCGCAAGAAUAGCGCACCAAUCAGCAUCAUAAAGAAGAAGCUGCUUUCCUUCUAUCUGCCGACACUAGACGCGCCAGGGCAGAAGCGACUCAAGGAAGACCUGCGCGCGGCGUAUAGAGCUGAAAGCGAAGAGUUUGCAGUGCGAAAUUAAUUUUUUUUUCUACUGUGAGUCUGAGUAAAUUCCUUUUCCAUUAUUUCCAUUGUGAUAAAUAGGCUUACGAAAUUGAAAUAAGAAAUAUGAUGUUCUUGAAAUUUAAAUCGCAUAAAUCCUCUCACCCGUACCUCGUUUCCUAGGUUCAGAAGGAGCUCCAGAGAUUGAAUAAAAGUUUGACUGCGAAAACGAGGAAAACCGAGCAGUCGGAGAAACUGAUACGAGCAGCUGCCGGAGAAAAUCAGCAGUUGCUUUCUGGCAAACAGCACUUAGAGGAGGAGCUGAUGGAGCAGAAAGAAGCGGCUAGUGAGAACAAGGUACCGACGCACUUUCUAGUACCUACAGUACUUGAUUCUGCCUAAUCAUACCACUUACUAGUACAACUACUUACUAGUACACUGCUUGAUUCUUUUCCCUUGGAGGAUUUCUCGAAUCAAUAUGCGCACACAACGAGAACACGGCUGACUUUCAGCCUGCCUUACUUUCUCUUGAAUUUGCACUGGUUUUGUAUUUUUAAGCAGUGCGUCUCUCCCCCUCCAAGCAAGCGAUUCGAUUCUUGGCAGACAAUUCCACUUGGAGUACAUUAUACCAGAGUAGUUUGUAGCACGCAUGGUGCAUGGAGUAGCAUGGAGCGCAUGGAGCAGGCGCAGCAUCGCCACGCAUGGAGUGCAUAGGGGCCGAACAAGCCCCCGGGUGGGCCGGGGGCUGUUGAAUUCGGGGUCGGUUGAUCGGCUAGACUGACGCCGCGGGAGCGCUGCCUUGUGCGUAAAGCGGAGGCGUGACGUAGCCGGCGGCGCUGCAGCGAGCUGAUUUGUUGCGCGCCCCAAGGCCCCGGCCCGCGAGUCAGUGGACUCGGAGAUGUAGUAGUUGGCUCGGGGGCUGGCGGUCUGGAUGCUUGAAGUUCCUGCCCGACGUGCCGAGCUGUAGGCGUGUGGGCUCUUAGGGAGGGGCGCCCGAUUUUCACGCAUGGAAUGCAUGGAGCACCUGCUCCAUGCAGCUCCAUGCGAUCCAUGCAAUCUAAAAAAAAAACUCCAUGCCAUGCGAGCUGCCAAACCUUAAAAAAUAGAUUAUAUAUUCUGACAGGUCCAGUCGGAGCGAUUACGACAACAGUUUCUCCUGGUGAAUGCGACCGUAACCAAGUUUCUCAAGACUCUGAAUUCAAUACCUAUUGCCAAGUUUGGAAACGAGGAGCGAGCAGUUCAAAGUACUUCAUCAUGUUCGUCCAGUGAAUAGGAAUACCUGUUUGAAGAGAACGAGAUUAGUACAUGAGUCAAUUUGAAGCCACGGUUAUUCUGCAGAAAAUGGAAUAUUGGGUAGUUGCGAUGUUUUUCACCUCCAGACCUUGCUUGUUUGCAUUUUUUGUUCGACGCCUUUUUUUCUCCCUCAAGACUUUAAACAACAAGGUAUGAAGCAUACGUUGUGUAAGCUCGCGAAGGAGUCGUCACGGUUGCAGAUUCAGUUGGAGAGCACGCUGAAAGAGGAGAAGUUAUACGAAGUGAAAUACAAGGCCUUGUCGCUCGAAACCCAGAGAACAUGGCGCAGUGGGAUGAACAGGGUCCCUCCGAGCACAGAGUCUGCAGCUGAAAGUUACGAUAAUCCUUAUUGUGAAAAAAGCUCUGUCUCCGAGUGCAUCUUGUUCCCCAGCAUUUAAUUUCUUUGCAGCAGUAACUUAAUAAUAUCACUGUUUGUUUCUGCCCGUAUCCGUGAUUAAGUACUUAGAAGGAGGAUUUACUGCGUUAUCAAAAUUACGUAAGUAGUAAGUUAGAUAGAGGAGGAGGAUUAUUUACUGUAACUAAUGUGGAGUUGUAUCUACGUCGCAAAUCCACGAGGUUGUACUUGUAGGAACUGCAACUCACGAGCUUACUAGAAGAUGGAUCCAGCUUCAAUGCAUUUUGUAGAUAAUCAGGACGGCACUUUAGUUUCUAAUGAUUAUUGGAGUAGAGAGAAAGUGUACAACUUGUGGUGUACAUUAUAGUUGUUUUUGUUGUACUUACCCAAAAUAAAGCUCUUCUAAAAAUGUGCCGCCUUGUAUGAGGCCCUGGAACUGGCGGAGGACCAGGCGCUCACAGGCCUGCCGGAUCCGCAGCACCACGAUCCAGUGUGGCGAUUGAUUAGUACCGAUGCAAGGCUCGCUAGUGAACCAGCAUCGCAUAAGAAUGCUAAGGCAAUCGAGUUUCUGACGAGAUUGACCCACAACUGCGGACAGGAGCCCGUUGACAUUUUCAACGAAAUGUAUCUCGACGAAAAAAGCGAAGAAAGGUAUUUAUCUAAAAUCAUUUUCAUUCAUAUCUGUGGUCUUUCUUCUGCGAGGGAAAGAACAAAUUUAGGAAAAAAAGAACACAAUAAGAAAUAUUCCAAAAAAAAGAAUUCAACACGAGUCUCAAAAAAGUUCUUGCCAACAAUAUUAAAGAGCUAAAUAAAAAAUCAGCAACGCCCCCCCAGACUCUCACCCUUCCACUUUCGAACCCCAGCCCCCAACUACUUAUGAACUUAGGAACUUCUGAACAUGGGAACUUAUGCGCGAACUUCUGAACCUCGGAACUUGCUAGCCCUGGGAAUCUGUUAGAAUUCCCGCGGGUUCGUAUUAAGUUUAAAUUUACGAAAUAAAACCCAAACUUUUACGAUUUGAACUCCAAAUAUUUUAAUUUUUGAAAAAUCCAGACCCAGAGCAAGAAUUUUAUCUAAAGUCUUAGAUAUGCACUAGCAUGCAUUUCAUUACGCUGAAACGCAAACAUUAACGAGCUGAAUAAAAAAUCAGCGGCGACUCCUCCAACAUCCGAACCCAACACACCCGAACCAAAAACACCUGAACCGAAAACACUGGAACCAAAAACAUGCGACGGACCCCCGUCCCGAAUUUUUCCGCUUCUUUAGUAAAGAUCAACCAACAAGUGCAACACAUGAACACGCGAACCCCUGGCAUGACGUCACGCAUUUAUGAAAAUAAAGCACGCUGCGACUUCAUCCAAUUCGUCGGCGUUAAAAUUAAAAAUUUUGCAGAUGAAAAAGCCUAAGUUUUGACUUUAUCAGCCAAGGCCUUACACUCAGCCUCAAGACUGAAUGUCGAAAGCUCCAGCCUCAAAGCUGAAAGCUGAAUGCUCGAAGUUGAACUUGAAGGGAACGCUCUAGAUUGGAAGCUUAAAGUUGGAAGCUGAAAGCCCACACCUGAAAACUCAGCAUUGAAGACUCAAAGCCGAAAGUUCAAAGUUGAAAACUCGAAAUUGAAAACUCGAAGCUAAUAGCUUAAAACCUAAACGAUUAGGACCAAAGGCGCCGCCUCAAUGUUUCAGAAUUUCAAAUUUGAGACUUCGAGUCUGAAGCUUUUGACUGUAUCAAAGAAGAACGAAACUUACAAAAUUCCAGUCCAAAACUGUAUCACAAGAAGGGGAAUUUUGACAAGUUGCAAACUCGAGCGCUGCAACUUGCACGCAAAGAAGGCCAAACCUACCAAAAGAAGAGUAAACCUUCAGGCCAGCGCCUUCGGUCUGUGCCUCUUUAAUCAAUGGCCGCCCGCCGUCCCCCCGCCUCGCUCUUUUUCCAACGAUCAGCGCCGCCUGACGGUUGGCGGUCGGGGGAGGGAGGAGCCGGGGAAGCGGAAUCGCGCCGGGAUUGAGGAAGUGCGUGCCGGGGGUGGGUGAUCCUAGUGGGAGGAGUGUCGCCAGGCGCUCAAGUCUGGUACCAAUGCGACGGCGGCGAAAUGAUGGGCGAGAUUCAUUAGUCGCGCUCCGGAAAAAUCUUCAGGUAUCGCGCAAUCAAGUACCUCGCGCGAGAAUUUGUGUUGCACCAUCGAAAAGGCAGCAUGAUGACGCAGCUGAUGAAGGACUUGCAAGCUAUGAACAAAUUCCGAGAUCAGGACGUCGCACUGAGCUCCAUCAAUCUAGUGAUCUGCCGCGUACUGGAAUGCGACUUCGCGCGAUGCUGGUAUAUCAACCACGCAAAAGGGCAAGCCUGGGUCACAGCCGAGACAAAUUAAGGCUUUUCCUAUUAUAAUCCAUCUUCAGAGGCAUCCUGGAAAGGCUUCUAAUCGAUCCAUCUUCAGAGGCAUCCAUCCUUUCAUUGAAAGACAUCCUGAUUUAAGAGGCCAUCUUGUUGAAAACAUCCUGAAGUAAGAGGCUACUCAAGGAGAAAAAGCGGCUAGGAUGCACCGCAAGAUGGAUUAGUGGAGUAGUUCUAAACAAAGACGGGAACCAAGAUCGUAACGAAAGAUUUGAAUGACGGAAGCUACGUCAGUCAGGCGUUCAAGUUACAGGCGUCGGUGAACAUCCCAGAUGCCUACGCCGACUCGAAGUUCAAUAGGGAAAUGGACAGAUUAACUGGCUACCGAACCAAGGCUGUGCUUUGUGCACCAAUAAGGACGCAGGGCAAGGUAGUGAAUUAUAGUGUAGCAUAAAAAUUGGCAACAUGAUAUUCUGAUUCCCUACUAUUCAGGCUCACUCGGCGCAAAGCUCCGACUUGAAACUUUCCUGUCAGUUAGUUUGUUAAAAAAACCCCUGUGCUGGUGGGAGUUCUUUCUUCUUGUUCUAUUUACUUACAACUAAGAAUACAACAACAACCAGAACCAUGUUUAUCCCAACGAUUCGCUAUGGUAAUACAAUGAACGAUUCUUAUGAAGACCAAUCAUCAAUAUAUUCCAACGAUUGGUAUCCCUUCCAGGUCCGCGCAGUGAUUGAGGCGAUUAACAAGAUAUCUACCUCUUCCUCGUGCUUCGACCCCUUCGACGAGUUUCUCCUCCACGUGAUAGGCUAUUCAACUGUCGACGUGGUGAACAAGUGCCAGAAGCACCGCGCCAAUGUGCAGACUAGUCUACGAAAGAUUACGGCUAGUUACAGUAUAUCACUAAAACUAUACCGUGUCUGUGGACUAUCCUCAUUUGGUAGUUGCCCUUAGAAGUCAACACGGGGAGAGCAAAGGGUAAAAAAAGGAAACCCACGCAACCAGGGAGAGUGAAAAACUACCUCUAAAAAGAACAUCCUUUUAGAAGCCGCGGAAGAUCUCUUCCAGAAGUGCCAUAGUGUCAAAGACCUCUUCAGGGUCUUGAAGGAUCGGAUGUUGCAGAUGUUUCAAGCCAAUGAGAUUAGAAUAGUCCUAGUGCACCAAACCAAGCAGAACCAAGCCUCAUCCUUGCAGAGAAUAGACGUCGACCUACAUGGCGGCCUCAUCACGAGGGAUUUUGGUACUACGAACUAACUAGCUGUAAAUGCUUAAUGUACUACGAACUAGUAACUAGAUGUAAAUGUCUAAUGUACAGUUGAAGUUGUUGUUGUUGUACUAGUUAGUAGUAGAAGUUGUACUUGCUUGUACUAGAAGUCAUUUGGUGUCUUCUUUUUCAUUUCAUACUCGCAACUUGGUGUUGAGGUAGCCCGAAGUUGGCACGUUUGCAUUCUCUAUUGAUUCUGGCGACUCGUUUAUCCAGCACCACGCAUCAUCCCUGAUUUCAAUCUCUUUUUAGGAUCACCCAUCGAAAUUUAUUUGACCACUUGAUCUCAAAUGAAUAUGAAUAUCCAAGAAUAUCUCACUCACAGGUAUGGUCGGUCUCUGCGGUGAGACGGUAGGCGAUCGAAAAUUCCAAGUUUUCGAAAAACCAAGACGGUCUUGCGGCCGUAGAUUUCAUCACGGCGUAGAUUUGGAUGGAGAAGGCAAGGUCUUUUUCUGGCCGUUGUUUUAUCAGGGCAUGCCAUCCGUCGUAAUGAUGUUCUCGUUGCCUGUGCUGGAGGCCGAUGAGCUUACCUUCAAUGCCAACUCUUCAAUUCACGUUCACGCAUUGGAAAAACUCUUCGCAAUGGUACAUGAUUUAUAGUAAGAGGUCAUCUAUUUGCCAGUCAUUUUUGCGUUAUUGGUAUAGAAAUGUUGACGCUCACAAAAAUGAGUAAUCUUCAGCCGAAGCACUAAAAAUAUGUUCCUCAUCUGGGAAUGAUACUCAUGUAGAGCCGAACAGUUUCUCAGAGUUAUUUGUUGUAAACUACGUUACCCCCGCCUCCCCCGCGCAUAAUAUUUUCCAGGCGAUGUUUUUCCUCGAGAAGUGGUUCCCGUCUUCGGCGCGCCUCGCUUUUUCCGACAAGCAGAAGAACGUGCGUUUCAAGAACUACGUGGAGUUUCAGAAGCUAAUGCAACCGACGAUGUGGAAGGAGGAGGUCGAAACAUAUGCAGUCUGCAUGAUUCAACGAUGGUUCAGGAGAACAAGGAUAAAGUACUACUAACUUGUUCAACUAGAAGAUAAUUCUGUAAUUGUAGUUGACGAGCAGCAGAGGCAGAGCCUUACUAGAUGAUGAUAAUUGUAGUUCACGAGGAGCAGAACCACAACGUUGAAGUUUGAAUAACUUUAUGCAGCAGUUGUACUUGUAGAUAUAUAAUCAAUCUAUGUCCAAAGCCACUCCCAAUCCCUCAUACCACAACUGCCUCUUCGUUUUAAUCAAAGUUUUUAGUGCAGUCGUUAGUCUACCCUACGACCUAAAGGCUAGUCCUCUCAUCAUCAUAUAUGAUAAAUCUAUGUAGUACGUUGUGUAUUUCUUCAUCGACAAGAACUUGUUGAUGUUGAAGAAUCUUUAGCUGUGUUGUACUUGUAUGGUGUGUGUAUUAACACAUACUUCUUGUGUUGUUCUUGGCUGCUAUAUGAAUCUCAAACCAGGUAUGCGAUUUUCCAGAUUGCGAAGGAACGCAUAGCUGCCGCGAAGUUCAUCCAAGCGCAGUGGGCGUCGAAACGCGCCAAGGCUACCGGUUCGUCUUACCGAGAGGGCGUGCGAAGAGAGUAUACUUUCUGUUUCCAGACAGGCGAUUGGACCUCCAAAAAGUGGGAGAGGAGCAAGGCCUUCAUAAAGAAAGCAAGUCUGAUGCUCAAUGCCUUCGGGUCAAGCGCGAAGGCCGUGGAGGAGGAUGUCGGAGAAAAUACCUCGGGGGACAAUUCGCAAGCGGGAGAAGGUAGAGGAAAUGAAACUGCUCAAAAGAGCGGUGAGGAGGGUCAGGCCGAAGGAGCACGUGGCGAGGCAAUUGAGGUAGGUGGAGACUCAGCAGCCAGUGACGCGGAAGCGCAGGGAUAGCAAGUAUAAUAUCUGCUCCGGGGGACCAUCAGAAUCAGUGUUUCUUUCGUUAAAAAUGUGAAUGAUCCACUUGGUAUCUAUGAUUAUAUUGAUGUAUAACAAAAAAAAAGACAUGCAUGGUCUUAUUGCAUAGAGCGGACUCACUAUCCACUUCCGGUGAAGCUUUCACCAUUUGCAAAAAUAGUAAACCAUUAAAGAUGGCGAGCGUAACUCAUGUUCAUAGAGCUUUUAGACCCAAAAUAUUUCUUCAGUUUAUUCGCUGCAUAAAGUAGAGCGCGCUACCCAGGCAUGCAGAGCUACCGUCAUGACCAUGCCACAAAGAGGUAUCCCCCCUUGACAUACACUGCCCGUCCCCCCACUAGUUGUGAACCCCAUAAAAUGCUCAAAUAUGAAUGUUCAGUAUAGUUACAAAUGUCCGGAUAUUGAUAGCUUUCGCUUAUAAGAACGCCUGAUCUAAUGUGCGGAUAUUGAUACCAUAGCUUUCGCUUAUAAGAAUGCCUGAUCUGAUGUCUGGAUAUUUUUGAUGGCUUUCUCACUCUUAUAAGAAUGCCCGAUCUUUUAUUUCGUUUCUACGUAUCUAUUGUCGUUUCGCUUUCGAAUUCUACGCAAAUAUCAUCAGGGCUAAGUCAUUUUGCAUUUGCCGUAUCUGAUUGACUCACGCAUCAAAGUUACACUCGAUAACCAUUACAAAUGCAUCAAAGUAGUGCUCCUCGAUAGUCUUAAUCACUAGCAUCAAAGUUAUCCUCGAUAAUACCUAAGCACCCGAAUCAGGCUCCUGCUCCUGCACCAGAGUAGCAGCCGUCACAUACCGCAUUUUCCAAACAGGAGCAUGUGACGACAUCAGACCGUCGUUAUCCUGAUCUAUGAUUUGUUUUCAUGCUAGCUUCUUGUGCGC